UCGGAUCCCAGAAGUGAUCACAAGUCUAAUAAUGGCAAUAAAGGCGCCAAUAAUAGCAAUGGCAAGAAACCAGACAUCAAAGUCUACGUUCCGCCCAAACCCGCGGCAAAUGUGGGCCAAUCGGGGCCGCAGUCGACGCCACCGGUGGUCACCGCCAGCACUACCACAACCUCCGCCACUGCCGUAACCGCUGCAUCCGCUCCGCCGGAUAAGACACCCGCCAUUGAUAGGCCUGUGGCCGCCACAAGCACUCCGGCCAACACUCCCUCCGAUAAUGUCCUAAAGAUAGCACGAGUGAUACGAAAUAGUGUCCAAAACAGUGAUAACAGUAGUAAUCAUAAUAACCGACGACAACAACAGGCAAACAGUAAACCAGCAAAUACUCGGCAAAAGUCUGAACGAAAUGAUAGACAACAACAACAACAGGAGAAGAGCGGCGAUCGGCACGAGAAGGCCUCCAGAUAUGACAAAAGGCAAAGAUAUCCAAAUACUGGCGACAGGAGUGAUAGGUCUGACCGAUCGGACGCCAGAGGACACGACAGGAGUGACCGGCAGUCGCAGCCGACAUCCAGACCGCCGCCCAAAAGCGCCGCUAAUGACCGGCAUUACGACGAGAACACGAUUAACGCAACCAAUUAUGAACUGAAUAAAAGGCAAAGCAAUGAAUUGACCGACAAUUAUGUACAUAAAGAGGACAAACACCACAGACAGGACAGGAGACCAAAACCACAGACACAACAACAACAUCAGGAGCGCCACAAUGAGCCCAAUCUGGACCGCAAUCCACCCGAAAGGCACAAACUGGACAAAUACGAAGACUACGAGGACUACUAUAACGUGGAGUUCGAGCCGAAUCGGGCCCCGAAAGGCGACCAUCGAAGCGGUAAUCAUCGGUUUAACUCCAACAACAGUCACAACACGAAUGCCGGCCAACGGACAGGCGGUCCGACACAACCGGGCGGUGAAGUGUCCGCCGCCGGAGGCCACCAUCGAAACGAUGCCAAUUACAGAUCAAACAAUGAGAGUAAACCGUUUCGGCCGCCGAAACAGCACCAGAUGGAGGCCACGCCGUCGUCGGCCACUACCGCCGCCGCGCCGACAGCUUCGGGUCCUAAACGCAACUUUGGGCCAAACAAAUCGCAACACAACCACCGAUACGUGAAGACUUUCGAGCAACAGAUUCCGCCCCGUUUUCUCAAACAACAACAAUUGAAAAAACAAAACGAAAUGUCUGAACACAACCAACAAAUGCAUUACGAAAGUCAACGGCGAGAUUCGCUCCGAGAGUUACCACCGGCGGCGGCGGCCGCGCAGAUGGCGCCCGACGCGACCGAAUCGGCACCGCAUCGGGGGCUCAUCCGGUUGCCUAACAAUCAGGUGUCGGCCAACGAUUGGACGCAACAAUCGCCGCCACAACAGCAGCCAAACGCCGGCCACAGCGGUGGCCAUCACAUGACGCGACAGCCGGUCAACGCCAGUAAGCCGUGCGUUGCCAUACGUCCGACACAACACGUGCCGACUGCGGACAACAACCCUCACCUGCAGUACACGCCGUCGUCGUCGCCGGACACGAACUCGUCGGCAACGGUCGACAAUUACCAACAACUGUCGCCGUACUUGAGGUCACGGGACGAGUACGCGAUACCGCACUUUAUGUCCGCCGCGUCGGUGGAGAAUGCGGACAAUUCGCGCCGCAAACUGAAGCCAAUCAUCGAGAAGAGUCUGUCGGAGGCCACCUCUGCGGAGAACGACUUGUCCUACUGUCACGACCCGCAGAAAGUGGAACAAAUUCGGUACCGAAUCCAACUCCGCUACGAACACAUCAUACUGAACGACCUCCGGGUCUGCGCCGAGACCAACAUCGAGCAGAGACUGUGGAAAUCGGCUUUCUAUCAGUACAUCGAACAGUACAGACGACUCAUGGAACCGGUGCCACAGGCGGGCGCCGCCACCACCACAGCCGCCGCCGACGGCCAACAACAGCAACAACAACAACAACAGGCGGACCUCAAGACGUCGUUGCAUAAGAUCAUCGACGAGGCGUCGCUAUUCUUCGAGAACCUAUUGGUCAAAAUGCAAGAGACGUACGGCUUUGUGAUCGAGAAGCUGUUGGCCCAC